AUGAAAGCUUUAAAGAUUUACAUCUAUAUUUUUCUACUGCCAUGGACAGUAUAUCAGAUAGAAACUAAUUCAAUUUGUUUACAAAAUGAUGUGCAUGCCUUAAUCCUGGCCAGAGGUGGUAGCAAGGAAAUAAAGUACAAAAAUCUCGUAAAAAUCGAUGGACUUUCCCUUUUGGCUCGCACAAUCUUAAUUAUCAAAAAAUCUUCAUGUUUCAAUUAUAUCUGGGUCUCAACAGAUGACCAUAAGAUUGCCAUUGAAGCAAAGAAAUAUGGAGCUAUUGUGCACAAACGUCCUGUGGAAUAUGCUUUGGAUAAUACCACAUCCGUAGCAUCUGUUCAGGAAUUUCUUCAAUCUCAUCAAUCUAUUCACAACUUUUCUUUAUUUCAAUGUACUUCAGUUUUUCUAAAAACGAAAUAUAUUAAAGAGGCUAUAUUGAAAUUUCAAUCCUUUGAUUGCGUAUUUGCUGUCAAGAGGUCACAUAAUUUACGGUGGAAAAUAAGAGAGACCCAUAUAUCACCCAUUAAUUUUGAUAUCAAAUCUAGACCAAGGCGACAAGAUUGGGAAGGAGAAUUGAUCGAAACGGGAAUGUUUUACUUUUCAACAAGAAAGCUGGUGGCAAACGGAGUAUUGCAAAACGAAAGGUGUUCGUAUGUUGAAAUUAAACCCAAAGAUAGUUUGGAGAUUGACUCAAAGCUUGAUCUUAAAAUUGCUCGUUGUAUUAUCAAUAAAAAUAAAGAAAAAUUUGUUAGCUUUAAAAACACCGAAAACGUAAUAAAAUCAUCCUAA